AAAUGAAUUGAAUUUUUCUUUAGGGACACUACAAUGCACUGUCUGACACAAGACUGUAGUAGACGGUUGCAUGGUUAUAAUUUUUUCUCUAAUAUUAGAGGGUGGGGGAACACAUCCCCAACAUUAUUUUAUAUAAAAAACAUUUGGAUUACCUUGAUAUCGCUAGUUUUAUCCGACUUCCCGAACUUUCGCUACUAGCUUUAGCCUGUUAGCAUUAGCGGCGUGCCACGCCCACGUUACGCUACGCUAGCGUUUGUACUCUUCGCUCUCACAAUACUAUUGUUUCAUCUACUCUAAUGGCGAGUGUAUUGGAUGUUUCUCUACCUUUGUGUGCAGGUGAGGACACGUUUGAGCUGCAUGCGGUGCAGUUGGAACUGGAGGCCGUGGAGCGGCAGAUCCGGAUCCUUCUCGAGAAGCAGGCCGAGCUACGCGAGCGGCAGACAGCGCUGGAAACUUCUCGCGCUGACGCUCACCAACCCUCGGGCCCGAGCACCAAGAACGCGUUCAUCCCAGCCCUCGUUCACUCCGGCGCCGUCACACCAGGGACCUUGGGUGCUUCAGCAGCGGAAGAUGCGAGCCAGGCCUCGGACCAGGACCUCUCCUCCACCGCCCCCGGUCUUCGACGUCUCGACACGGAACCGCUUCUCCCCUCUUCGCGAGGCAGAACGCGACGCCAUGGUCAUCGGAGACUCCAUCGUCCGCCACGUCCACGCUACCACAGCCAAAGGUAAGGUGCGCAGUCACUGUUUUCCUGGUGCUCGUGUUCUCGAUGUCUCUGCGCAGAUUCCCGCGAUCCUCAACGGUGCUGAGACCAUCGGAGCUGUAGUGCUGCACAGGUGAACGACACCAGGCUGCGGCAGACGGAGGUGCUGAAGCAGGACUUCAGAAGCCUGAUCGAGACGGUACAAGCCACAUCGCCCGCGAUGAAGAUCAUCGUGUCCGGACCGCUUCCGACGUACCGACGAGGACAUGAAAGGUUCAGUAGAUUAUUUGCUUUAAAUGAAUGGUUGAUGUCUUGGUGUAAUGAACAGAAGCUGCUCUUUGUAAAUAAUUGGAAUCUUUUCUGGGAGCGUCCUAGGCUCUUCCGUACUGAUGGCCUGCACCCCAGCAGCAUCGGAGCUGAUCUUCUGUCAGAGAACAUCUCCAAGACGCUUCGCACCAUAUGACUAGUAAGUCAAACCUCAAAUCACAGCCUGUGUUCUGCCCACUUCAUUGAUAGAAAUGUGAGUGUAGUACAGUCUAUAGAAACUGUGUCUAUUCCCCGAAUAGUGAGGUUUAACAAUAAAAAUAAAGGAUCUAGAAAAAACCUAAUCGUGAUCAAACCAGAUUUUUGUAAAAUUACUGAACAAAAACUAUCUCUAAAACUAGGGCUACUAAACAUUAGAUCGCUGACACCUAAGGCAGUUAUCAUAAAUGAAAUUAUCACGGAUAAUAGUCUUGAUGUAAUUUGCCUUACUGAAACAUGGCUUGAAGCAAAUGAUUAUUUUGGUCUUAAUGAGUCUUGUCCACCAGGCUACCGUUAUAAAAAUAAAUGCCGCCUGAUUGGCCGUGGCGGUGGUGUAGCAACAAUCUAUAGAGAGAUACUUAAUGUUACUCAGAGAACAAACUACAGGUUUAAUUCAUUUGAAAUUCUUAUGCUAAAUGUUACACUCUCAGAUAUAAGUAAAAAGUCGCUACUAUCUCUUGCUUUGGCUAUCGUUUAUAGACCUCCAGGGCCUUAUGCUGAUUUCCUAAAAGAGUUUGCAGACUUUCUCUCAGACCUAUUGGUCAAUGUUGAUAAAGCGCUGAUUGUUGGAGAUUUUAACAUUCAUGUAGACAAUACAAAUGAUACGUUAGGGGCUGCGUUUACAGAUUUACUAAACUCAUUUGGGGUCGAACAAAACGUCACUGGACCCACUCACCGUCUUAAUCAUACUCUAGAUUUAAUUAUAUCACAUGGAAUAAAUCCUACUGAUAUAGAAAUUCUACCGCAAAGUGAUGACGUCUCUGAUCACUACCUUGUAACAUGCGUACUGCAUACUGAU